CCAGCAGGCACCAGUUUCACACUGAACCCAAACCCUGCGGCACCAACAGCAGCACCAACUGGCUUUGGGUUUGGUACCCCAGCAGCAACUCAGGCCACGACAGGCCUCACUUUUGGCACGCCUGCUGCUGCUACACAAGCAUCGACUGGCUUCAGCUUUGGCGCGCCGUCAGCGACCCUUCAAGGCUCGACUGGGUUCGGUUUCGGUGCACCGACCGCCACCACACAGGCCCCUCAGGCAGGCUUCGGUUUUGGCUCGUCGGUCGCAGCCACACAGCCAUCGACGGGGUUCAGUUUCGGCACUCCUGCUGCCUCUACACAGGCAUCGACCGGGUUCAGCUUCACCACUCCCGCAGCCUCUACGCAGGCGCCGACCGGGUUCAGCCUGGGUGCCCCGCAGGCAACGUCGCAGGCCUCUACGGGGUUCAGCCUGGGCGCCCCGCAGGCAGCGGCGACGCCUUUCGUCGGCUUGGGCGGCAAGCAGCUGCAGCUGGGACCUGGCGGGACCGUUGUGUCGACAGGCGGCCUGUCGACCAAUUUCGGCAAGGCGGACGGCAAAUCGGCCAAGGAAACACCCGUGCCCGACGAGGUCGCCCAGACGGUGGCCGCCUUUCAGAAGCACGUACAGGAGCAGAAGUCCGAGUACGAGCAGAUCUCUCGCCACUCGUGGGCUCCCGUGCAGCGCGUGCGCGAGGAGACGGGUGCGCUCCGCCAGCUGCUGGCCGCCGUCGAGGCGUCCGUGCAGCGGCACGCCACGGCCGUCUCCAAACACAAACACGACGUGGGCGAGGCGCUCAAGAGCGCCGAGGUGGCGCAGCGCACGUCCGAGAUCUCGCCAGGCCUACAGUACGAGAACUUGGCGCCACAGGAGCUGUUCGAGCGGCUGGUGCAGCAGUACGAGGCGUCCAUGGUUACCUACAAGCGCCAGAUCGACCAGCUGGAGCGGUUGCUCGCGGCUUCGGACGGCGCCAGCUUCGUUUCGCCGGAGGAGCUGAUGAGCGCCAUACGACAGCUGCACGAGACGUUCGUGUGGCUGGCUGGACACCUACAGACGGUGCAUGAGAAGGUGCAGGUGCUCAAGGACCACUACCUGGCCUACCGCCGCAGCAUGGGCGGUGAUAUAGCGGACGUGUUUGGUGGUGACCGUGGGAAGGCGGCGCCACCGCCACCGCCACCACAGCCCCAGCCCGGACCGUCACCGUUCGCCGUGGAUCGGAACGCGGCAGCGGCGGCCGUGGCGGCCGUGGCGCAGGCGCUGGGCGAGGCGCCGGCGGCGGCCGCGUCCGUGCACGCCACGCCUGCCGCCGGCACGUCCCUGCUGGGCGCCGCUGCCAGCCCGUUUGCGGCCGUCAGCUCUACUGGGUUCGGCGCCAGCGGCUCGCUCUUUGGCUCAACGCCGGCUUUCGGGCUCAAACUUGAUCCGCCGCCCGGAAGCAAACGCGGCAAAGUGGACUGACGUGUAUUGACGUGAGCAAAAUUUACUGAUAUACUAAUUUCUACCCUCUUCAUAGCUGUACUCAGUGAGUUGAGCUGUUCGAAAGUGUUUGCAACGAGUAAAUAUUGUACCGACACAACUUUGGGUAAUUUAGAAUGCACUGCAUAGGUCUACAGGUUCUUAGCGACUUACCCCCAACCAGCAUUUCGUUCCGCGCCGCUUUGAGACUACGAUGUUAAUACACACGAACCAUUGAA